AUGGAGGCCGAAUAUUUAGGUCUGCAUGCCGUCGGAUGGCGUGGGAUGCUGAGUACUUGGCCAGGCAAGGUCCUGGCCAUUUUCAUUCUUACCACCGUAGUUAUAGGCGGGCUAUAUAUUUCAUUCGUCAUUGGGAGAGCCACAUUCGCGCAUUUGAAGCGACGGCGGAAGCGCUCAGGAGCCCCUGAUUCAAUUAUCAGCUAUUUACAUUCCCUAUGGAAGACAGCGCAACCUCUUCGUUCGCGCGAGACAGAUCCCACAAGCCUCAAGACAUUCGGCGUGUAUCUGGGUGAAAUUGCGGACCCUCCUACCCCAGCACAAGGACGCCUACUCUCACAAUGGGAUGCCAUCGUGGUCGACCCCUUGCAACCGGGUGUCGUAAGUGCAGUGCACAGUCACUGUAGCUCUUCGCAUAUACUCGGUCGACUCGACAUACGGAGCUGUUUCGAGUCGAGGUCCAGCAGUACCAAUGACCAAGUUAUUGAAUCACUCGCGAUUGUCACCCAAAUGCUGGCAUCAUCCUUUAAGAAUCAUGAGACGCAGCAGACGCCAUUUCACGGAAUCGUUCUCACAAAUUGGGAGACGUACUUCGACCCCGUCGUACUUAAUCAUUUGGUUGAUUACAUCAACUAUAUCGGCCUCGACGUCUGGCUGGAGAUAUCACGCCACGCUGACGAGAAAUACAACGACAUCAACAUGAGUCACAUUGAAGGCCUCGUUUUCCAAAACGGCACUAUUCUUCCCGACGGAAGCCACCAGGACUACUUCCAGAUGUCGAAGACGCGGUCUAUCAUGAGGGCGCUGGCUGGCCAGAAACCUGCAGGUAGCUGCCACUUUGCCAUGUGGGAAGUAGUUGGCGACGAAGUUACUAUCCCACAUGCUGUUGUGCGCCGGACACUGAAAUGGUGCAACUACAAUACUGCUAUGUGCUGGAUCGGUCCCGGAUCUGCCCUGGUGGAUGCGGAUAUGGCUGCAUCUCGCACGGCAAUGAAGGAGCCGCUGUCUGCAUUGGUCUGGCUGAGGGAUGAUGUAGUAGCAAGGGCGCACGAUCACUGGCGGUUUAAUGAUACGAUACUUCCAGAGUCUGCUGGACAUGAUUCUUUGUAUGGGAUAUUAGACAGCUUUGUUCCUGAUCUCGCCAAGUUAAAAAUGAUUUACCCUACAAGCGGCGCCACUGGGGAUAAUUCAGCAACAAUUAUCAGCAAACCCAAUCCAUCCAUCGAGAGCGUUUACGCGCAGGUGAACCCGUUCUCGGUAUCCCCUGAGGGCGUCGACUACACCGGCCUGGGCUGUUUCCAGCUGGGCCUUGACUGCUCUCCAACAGAUAUAAAUGAGCUCUUGGACGCCCAAAGACGUCUUCGUGAGUCGGGCCUUCUGGAGCUCCUGCAGCAAGAGGAGCUGGACCAGAUAGCCUGCGAGCUUGGGCAAAUUGAACCAGGGAAUUCCAACACAUCCGCUAUCUACUCCAGCAUCCAAGAACUGAUCCAUCUUUUUUCCAAAAGCGCUUCUGAUACGCACAGUGCCCGAGUCUGGGUUGGUCUGCACUCCGGAUUCCGCACUCGCGGUGAGACACAGGUCUGGGGGAUGUAUGACGUUGACUCCAUUACGGGGACUCUGGAUAUAUAUCUCUCCAACAAAACUACAGAUCGUACGGGCACAAUACUGCACACCUUCUUGUCUAGCCAAGGAUUCAGCCGCUUCGACUGUUUGAUAGCAGAGAUGUCGCUUGCGGAAGUCAACAAAAGUCUCUGCUCAGAAUGGGGGCUGUCUCGUCGUCAGAUGGGUGACCUGGAAGGACUUACUCCAGCAGAGUUACUUCUAUGGACACAACGAUUGAAUCACUCAACGUGCGAUCACACCUCAUUGACUGCCAAAGUUAAAGCUGUUUGUGAAUAUCAGUUGUUGGACGCUCCCAGCCUGUCCCAGCUUCGACGAGCAUCCUCGGUGGAAUAUCUUGCGGGCAGGCUGACAGCCGAGCAGCUCGUACAGGGCCGUCUGCAUUGGUACCAGACCCAGAGCAGUUCGUCCCUAGAAUAUGAAUCUGCCAUUGCACUAUUCCAAAAGAUCAGUGUCCGCAUCGAACAGGCUCUUAUUCAACAAGACAGCAGUACCCUUGGGAAACUGGCUGCGGUAAUGGAGACUGUGCUGAAGCCUUCUUGUAUCGAUGUCAAGGCAGACUUCCUUGCCAUGUCUGUUUUCUGUGCUGUCCGUAAAGUAGCCCUGGGCGAGGUCUACCUAGAGGUGCUCGACCGGAAUCCUGGGCCCAAUCUACACCAUAUCCAAGCAGCAUGCUUUGCUGAAUUCUACGCAGUGGGAGCGCGGUGCGAUGCCUACUUCGAUAUGACGCCAAACGAACUGGGCAGGAUUCUGUUUAGUCAAAUCCGAUCAUACCACGAUGGGCAUCCGCCACCUCUACAGGAUGAAGAUACGACUGAGCUGCCGACUGCCUAUGCUUCUAUGGAUGUUGACUUGGAUCCAGACGCAUCUGAGGAGGACACGCCGCUGCACUACCGCAUCACCUUUCUCGGCAUCUUUGCCAUUCCUGCCCUGAUUGAUAUUACUUUGCUUACAACGAUUGGCCGUGGUCUGUACCUGUCCGCCUUUAUGGAGGAUACAGAGAAAACGGCUGCAACGGCAGCGCUCAUGGUGGCAUUGCUUCUAGGCGGCGCGUUCGGCACCUGGAUCAGUUCUGGGGGCAGCUAUUACUUCUAUUCCAUGGCAUUUCCCGCAACAAGCAUGUUUGUGAUGACGCGUUUCGUUGCUGGGCUGGCAGCUGUCCUAAUAGUGGGCAUCAUCACCUUGACUGGGAUUAGCAUCGCGUACUCCUUUCGCAAUGGUGUAAUAUUCCUCGUGUAUUUGAUUCUCUUGACCACAUACCUGAUGGUCUUAUCCACGCUGUCGAUCUAUCAGAUGCCCGGCCAUCAAUUUCAAUCGGGCCGUGUGGUGAUUGUGACAUGCGUUCCAAUCCUUCUCGUCUCGCCCCUGCUCACGACGUGGCUGCACCACGACAUCGUCAUUUAUCCAUGCCUGCUGGCGUUCUUCCUAGUGAUAUUGUUAUUUGCUGCUCGACGAGUGAUCUCCAAGUGGAAUAAUUGGUAUUUCGACAUCCCAUGCGUGACCGAGCAGGAGAUAGUUGGCUGGUAUCAACGAACACAUCUACCAGCUGUCUCCGACGAAAAGAUGCCAUCGUAUUUUACAAUACGCCAGACAUUUUGGAACUGUGUUAAGAAGGACCGUGCUUACCAUUCCUGGUCGAAAUCCACCUCAGACCCGUUCGUCAAGCGCUUGGCCAAGGGAUAUCCAGCUACAAUCUUCCUCCUUACCUGGUACUGCAAAUAUACCCGGACGCAGCUCCCUCUACCCUACAGUCCAACAUGGAACCUGCAGCUCAAAUCCGCGACCGAGACUUUAGUGAGCAUGCAAAAGGGCCUCAAACUGCACAGCGCGUUUCUACACUGGGUCCACUCCGGGCAGGAAGUCUGGGGCGGACUGCUGUUCUUUGCUCUCGCACUCAUGGACAAAUGGACUGCAUUGCUCACCGGUGAAUCCAUAGUCGGUCUGUCGGUCUCGAGUGAUACCUUUCGACUGGCUGUAGGAUUUGGGCUUGCGUAUUACCUCAUGGGCGCUGUGAUCCUUGACGCGGUUUCUCAGCCCUUAUGGGCUAUUGCGCACCGGCAUACACCCGAGCAGGUCUCCAGUCUCGCGUCCCUUCACGAAGCAAUCCUUCACGAUAGACUCACUCGCCGAUCGUUAUACUGGUCUAAGCUCCUCAAGUACAGUCUCCUGCACAUCUGGGGACUGGCCGUGACAUCUGCCUUGAUGUGGUCGUUUGAGUCCUCCCGCAGCGCCACCCAGAUGUACCUAGCAUAUAUCGGCGCAUACAGCGGACUCCUCUGGUAUCAGUACAGCAGGAUAUACGUACGACACCGGGCAGACGGUCCAGUGGCCCUUGGCACAGCGGUCAGCUUUAUGACGUGCAUCCUGCUGCGCCUCAUCCCGGAUGGAUUUCCCUACGGCGGCGUUAUCGGCCUGGCUGCUGGCACUUGGACUACGGCGAUCUUGUCAUUUUUCAAGGCGAACGUAGGACAAUCUACGGGGGUUAAUGAUAGUAAUAUCGGCGAGGCUGUAUACACCUGCAGCACCCUGAAUCCAGGCCCGGAAAUCCCACAAGGGACAUUGGCUGGUGCCUUUCAGAGGAUUGUGUCCAUGCCUCUGAACCUGCGGUACAGGAUUGAUCCGGCUAUGCAGCCUGGGGUUGAGGUUAUGAAGAUACUUCGCUCGCGAAGCCAGUCUCAGCAGGCUAGUUAUGUACGAGCGUUCCCUCAAGCUGCGGACUUACUACACCGUGUAGCUGGAUUAUGGGAGUCAGGACGUAUACUGGUUGAACUCAUCUCUGCAGGCUCUCUACUCAGAUCAGAAGAGCCUUUCUUCCGGUGUUUAAGCAAAAAGACUGCUGAUUCGCUACAUAUAAUAGUCAUCACACCUCUGGAUCUGGUCCAGGAUACACUCCAGGGCAGGUGUCAUGCAAUCGCUGAAGCACUGGUGUCAAGCACAGCUGAGAACUACCUUGACCUGUCUCACGACCACGCGAUCCUCGCUGAGAUACUGGUUCAUGAGGGUCUGGAUGGCAGUCUCUCUAUCCCAGAAGGCAUCAAACGCCAGCUCCAAUUCUGUUCCCGGGACCGGGAAGAACUGAUGUCAAACACCCACAAGGAUGUUCUCCGACAUCUUCUACUUGGAAUCGAUAUUGAGCAGGAAUGGGAUAUUUUGCCUGCCGACGUUCGUAUGUUCCUCCUCCAACGGGCAUGCGGACAGUCAUACCGUCUAUCCAUCUCGCAGACCGAGUGGAUUCGGUCGAGGUUUAAGUUAUCAAAUCCCGGAGAACUGGAUGCAUUGCUGGCUAGAUACGAUCUGAGUGCUUCCCUGGCCAUGGCUGUUAGCAACUAUGCUCAGCUUGUCCCUGAUGACAAGGCAGCUGUAACGUCUUCAACGCUGACCCUGAGCCAAAGCGAGCCGAUGUCGUCCCUGCAAUUCAGUCUUGAAAACGUGCCAGGGGGUUCCUCGCACUCCAUAAAAGCGAGGCUACUCCGAGCAUAUCUAAAGAUCAAGUCGUGUAUCAAAUUCACGGUUCUUUCGCUAGUCGCUGAUCCCGAGUACCAGCGAGAACUGGACUAUAUGCUUCGCACACAGCCCUUGCUCCUAUCGUGGCCGGCGAAACGUUGUCUAACGUAUAUAUGGUCAUUUUGUAAACUGCUACAGGAUCUUAUACUCCCGCUUGUCCUGUUGCAUGGUCGAGGUAGAAUAUCCUCGCUUUAUAAGUCGACCAAAGGGCAAACAGUAACAGUCGAAAGGAAUCGCGUUGCCCUUGAUACGCUGGAUGGUGCCUUUACCUGUUUUAUGCACUCCGAGCAGGAUGGGUCCUGUCGAUUAUAUCAAUAUUCAGGUAUUUAUGAAGAGGAGCCAAGCCAAACGGACUGCUUGGUUGCAAUCAACACGUAUACAAGUGACAUGGGAUUGACAGCCCGGGAGGAAUACGAUAGCAAUGGGGUUUCUAUUAACCGGUUUGUCUAUGAAUAUAGGCAGGCCACUCCUGAAGCACGCAUGAGAGUGCCACUGCAGCGCCAGUGUCUUGCCGGCAGGUUACAGUCACAAGUUGUUUGCUAUAAUCGUCGAGGAUAUGUUGUCUCUGGCUCAACCCUGAGAAGUGCCCGCCCUGUCCAGUUUCAAUAUUGGUACGCAAAGAACGCCAGAUCAGAUAGUGACCUUCUGCGAGGGGAGUAUGUUUUCCCACACAUCAGAAUCCAGGUUGGGUGGAGUAUACCAGGUUCAGAGCAACCGGAUGAAUGGAUCCCAUAUCCUUGGGUUACAAGGGCGCUGUUUAUUCAAGUAGACAAGGUCUACAGUGCCGAAUGGACCUACGACCAUAGAUUCCACCCGACUAUAAGAGCAACCCUUAACGGAGAUGAGGUCCCUGUGCCACCAAUGAUCUCAGAAGACUGGUUUGAUGUGCUCCAGAAACCAACAGGAAACAGCUUUCUACAUGACAAUCCGCUGGUAUCGUUCCCUGCUAGGAUUGGCACACUGCCUCGCCUCCUCCGACGCAAUAUGAGACGAUAUCCGGUGUCUAUAUCGCAGGGCCGAACGCAUCUCUGGCAGUCCUGGAAGGCAUCCAAUGAAGUUGACGCCGUCACUGCCAGGUGGUUAGACGAAAUGAUACUACGAUCCAGCAGUAUGCUGCAACCCUACUGGCGACGACGAGACCGAGGCGAACUCGAAGCAGCAACCGAGUACCUCAACGAGCAUGCAGACGCCAUUAUUGCGGACGUCGACCUCAGCCAGCAAGUCAGCUCCUGGGCUCCCCUCGCAUUCAACUUUGGCGAUUUAGCCAGCUUCGGCCAGGGCGGGGAUGCAAGAAUCAAUACACGCACGCUUUCCACACAGCUGAAUGAUAGCAGCAACGAACUCCACGUCCUGGCUAUGGAUACAGGGACAUGGCCUAAUGAGCCCGGUGGCGUUUCUGCAUGCCGUCGAGACCUUGUAAACAACCUGAAACAAAUCAGAUGGCAUAUCAUCGCUGAAUCCGCCAAUGACUUUGGUAUACCCCGGUUCCAGGUCGAGCAUAACGUGCACUCCCUUACAAUCCUGCCGCAGUGGGGGUUGGAUUUCCUACACCCAACGCAUGGGAUCUUCCAGAAUUGUCUGCAUUCGGCUAUUGUCGAGAGGGCUUGGAGUAUAACGGAUGCUGAUAUCCGGGCUAAUUUCCUUCCUGUGUUGUCUACGCUUGUCCGGUGCGCGCGCAUGGGCCGUCUGGAUCGAAUGCAUGUCAAGGAGGCGACUCAGGCGCUGGUGGACUUGAAUGCGUAUUUCGAAUCGUCCAGAAGCUGGAAUGACGUCUGGACGAGCGAUACGGUGAAGCAGGCAUGGCGAGAGCUCUGGCUGAGUGAGGAUAUGGAGGGGGCGACUCCGAUCUCGCAAUGGCUUGAUGCUGAAAGGCCCACCGUUGCUCAACUGGAUAAUGCAUUGGAUAUGUGGCAUCGCUAUCUGUUUAUCUUCUCCAUCCCCGUCCCGGAAAAGAUCCCGGCUGUGUUCCAGGUAUCCCACCACUGGACAGGAGCUACCUACGGGGUCUUAUGCAAGAUGAAACGCCAGUGUGUGCUGCAGCUCUGGGACCACUGUAUCAGCUUCCGUGAGAUAGCCGCGUAUCUAUCCUCGGCACUGUCCCUGGACUCGAUCUUUGUCAACCACGCUCUUAUCAGUCUCGCCCAUCUGUCAUGUGUUCUUAUCCAGUACCAUGCAGAUAUUGUUCUCCCGUGCACUGAAUACUUUAACCCAGGGUGGGAGAUUGAGCUUGGGACAUGCGAAGGCACGUUGCAGCACCGCCGAAUGUUCAGCCGGAAGAUCGACGCCGUUGUGAAUGGGAUUGCAAGCAUGGACAGGUAUAAGGUGAAUAAAAAGGCCAAGGCAGAGAAACCAACCGUCGUGAUGCUGUCCCAUGUUCGCUACGUGAAGGACGUCAAAACAGCCAUAUUGGCUGCUGACGUGGUUGUCAACAACUGGGGAUUCCACGACUACCAGCUCAAGAUAUACGGCGAUAUGGAGCGGUCACCGGCAUAUUCGUCUGAGUGCCAGCAGAUGAUUGACGCCAAGGGCUUGCGCGAGCAUGUCCUUCUCAUGGGAUUGGGUGAUCCACUGGUAGCGCUUGAAGAUGCAUGGCUGUUCAUGAACUCCUCCAUAUCCGAAGGGCUCCCACUAGCCAUGGGCGAGGCAGCUCUGACCGGUGUGCCUGUGGUGUGCACGGACGUCGGCGCGUCCUUCUGCGUGGUGACUGACCGAGCCUCAGGGCAGAGAUUCAGCGAAGUCGUGGCGCCGAAUGACCCCAUUUCUCUGGCAGGGGCGCAGAUUCGUGUCAUGGCCUUACUGGGGCAGUGGGCUGCAUUUGCAGAAGACGAUGCAGGGCAUAUUCCGCCUACAUUGCCACUUCAGCCGUCUCCGGAAGAGGUUCAGCAGAUUUCGCAGCGCAUGUAUGACAAGACUGAGCAGCGCCGCAAAUUGGGGCUUUUGGGCCGAGAGAAUAUCUUCAAGAACUUCUCUAGUGAGCGGUAUCUCCGUGAGCAUGAGCAGAUGCUUUGGUUGGGGAAAUAUCAGAGUCGCCAGGCUUUUGCGUGUGAGCGCAGCUCGUCUGCGGGUUCUUCUUCGCCUGGAGCGAAAUUGGAGCCAUCUACUGUUGUGGUUGAGGAAAGCUCUGAUAGCUAG